UCCGGCUGCUUCAGUUUCUGUCGGCUGCGUUCUGUCUGUGUAUACGUUCUAGUAACGAAAGACAGAGAUAGAAAGGCAGCGAGAGCGAGCUGCUCGGGAGACACUUAACGUCGGGGUUAACAACAGUGAUUUCUAACACCGACAGCCACUCACCCCGCUGCUGACAGGACCAAGAUGUCCAGUGAGGUACAAAGACCCGAUGACAGUCCCAGUACAAGCGGGGGAAGCUCGGAUAUAGACCAGCGGGAAAGUGUUCAUCAGGAGCAGGAAAGAGAACAAACACAGCCCAAGAAGAAGGAGACAAAAAUCUCCAGCAAAACUGCGGCGAAGCUUUCGACAAGUGCAAAAAGGAUUCAGAAAGAACUAGCUGAAAUUACAUUAGAUCCACCUCCUAAUUGCAGUGCUGGGCCUAAAGGAGAUAACAUCUACGAAUGGAGGUCGACAAUCCUGGGUCCACCUGGCUCAGUCUACGAGGGAGGAGUAUUUUUCCUAGAUAUCGCAUUUACACCGGACUACCCUUUCAAACCUCCCAAGGUGACCUUCCGGACAAGAAUCUACCACUGUAACAUAAACAGCCAGGGGGUGAUCUGCCUGGAUAUUCUAAAGGAUAACUGGAGCCCAGCACUCACCAUCUCCAAGGUUCUGCUGUCCAUCUGCUCUCUCCUUACAGACUGUAAUCCUGCUGAUCCUCUUGUUGGAAGCAUUGCAACUCAGUAUAUGACCAACAGAGCAGAGCAUGACAGAAUAGCCAGACAGUGGACCAAGAGAUAUGCCACAUAAUUCAGAGCUGUUUGUCCCUGUAUAACAUGUCUGUGAUGGAAAGAGCUGCUUAAGAAUAGAUCUGGGGGAAGUGGGGAGGGGUGUUUCGGGGGUUGGGAUGGGUAUUUCUAAUGCAGAUUUUAUUCAGUCUUUUAUUUCCUUUUUAUUUUUUUUUAUUAUUUUUUUUUUGGCUGUUGUAAGUUAUCUUGGUACAGUUAGAAAUAUUAAAUGGCAAUAAGCAUCUUUAAGUGGUUAGUUUUGUUUUCAAUAUUAGCUGUUAAUUUGUGCGAUAACAUAAUUUUACAUUUUGACUGCUUGUAAGAGGUACAAUAGCAUGUUUUUUUCCCCUCAGCAGAAUUUCAGUUUUCAAUGUGAACAUUCAAUAAAGUCUCUUGAUGAUGAA